AAUAAUUCAAAGUCGAAAGUUGUUUCAGUAAUCUAAAAGGAAUAUUCCAUUUUAGACAGUGAAUGUCGUAUAUAUUCCGUCAUUGAGAACGUGCUUGAUUCCUUACCCAAAAAGGAAACAAAGAAGAUAGCAGCAACAGCCGAAAUAAGUUGGUUACGGACCAUCCUCUUUGAUUCCUUCAACGCCACCAAAAACCAUAUCUACAACGACAAUGUCGGUUGUGGGCCCCACACGAAUACAAAACCAGAAAAAUCAUCGAAACAAAACCGAGCAAAUUUGGAGCAACUUGAAUGUCUCCCACGUUGCCAAAUACGUGUCUCUGUGACUGCCUGACCCCUCUUCCCCUCCCCCUCUGUUUUCCACAGUGCCACACUACCACACUUUCAUGUCGUCUUCCAAUCCAAGGCAUCCUUCACCACGAAGCAACUGCAUUGCCUAAGCCUUCAAAGGCACAAUAUCUAUAUACACACACUGAGAAGAGGGAUCUCUCAUAAGAACACACCUUUCUCAAUUAUCUCAACAACAAAAAAAUCACUUGAAUAUCCGUUUUAUACUUUUCAACACAGUAAGUCCAAAACCCAUAAGCCCAAAGUGAAUUUUAUAUAAUUAUUCAUUUCCUCUUCCCAAGAAAAUCACCUAAAUAAACAGAUGCCAUACCAUUCCCUUCUUCUUUUCAAGUCACUCUUGUUGGCUCUGCUUCGCUUAUUGUCUAUCCCCUCAACGACAUGGCUGCUGCUGCUGCUAAUCCAGCAAGAGAGCGGUUCAUCGCGUUUCUUGGGGGCUGGUUGGAGCGUCAGCAAACCUUCCUAGAUCAGCUCCUUCGUUUGGUGGAUUUACCUAGCUCAGAGAACAAGGCCCACCAACAGAGGCAUUUGAUCGAACAAGUUCUGUGCCACUACCAACAAUACUUCGCAGAGAAGGCCCUGACCGCGGAGGAGGACGUUUUCGUGCUGUUCUCUCCGCCGUGGCUGAGCUCGUUCGAGCGGACCAUGCUCUGGCUUGCUGGGUUCAAGCCCUCAUUGGUGCUGCGCAUGGUGGACAGCUCGGUGGAGGACUUGACGGCGGAGCAGGCGCGGGAGAUGGAGGCGGUGAAGGGCAAGACGAGGCGGGCGGAGAGGGAGCUGUCGGAGACAAUGGCGAGGAUACAGGAGAGCGUGGCGGCGCCGCCGAUUCUAGCGCUGGCGAGAAGGGUGGGUAGGCUGAUGGAUGGCGAGAUUUCGUCGCUGGAUUUGGCAAUGGAGACUCUGAAGACGGCGAUGCUGGGGGUUUUCGAGAGCGCCGACGGGCUUCGCGGGUCGACGGUGAGGAAGGUGGUGGAGGUCUUGAGCCCCGAGCAGACCGUGAAGGUUUUGGCGGCAGUUGCUCAGUUUCAACUCGGAAUUAGAAGGUGGGGGUUGAAGAGAGACUCUCAGCAGCAGCAGAGCUAACGUUGGCAUUUUGGCAUUUGGAUGGAUCAUAUCAUCAAAGCUUUAAAUAAUUUCUUUGUAUUUGGGGCCUUGAUUGAGUUUGAGAAAUGGAACAUUGUGUUUUAGGCCCAACUGGCCUUUUCCCCUUUUCCUUUCGUUUUUUAUUUGCUUUUUUCUUCUUCCCUGAAUAAGUAGAUUUAGUUCCUCUAGGGGUGUUUUGCAAAACAUCAUCUAUUGGGAUUUUAAGUCUGACAUGUUAUGUUAUUAUAAGUUAUUUUCAAGGCCAACAUGUUAUG